AUGCCCCCUGGAUCUCCCUACAAUUCCUUCGUGGUCCCCUAUUCCAUCCGGGUCGACGAGUUCACGUCUUCGCCAUCAAUAUCGACCGUCCCCGCACUCCAUCUGCUGUCGCACACACAUUCUGACCACAUCGUGGGCCUCUCAGCAAAGUCGUUUGCAUCCAUCGUCGUCUGUUCUGCUGAUGCGAAGGAAAUGCUUUUACGCCACGAAGUAUACUAUGAACGAUCUCUCCGGGACAACGAGUUUAGGAGUGAGUCUGUACGGACAUUCAAGCACUUGAAGGUGGAUCCGGUGGUCAGUCAAGACGGCCAAGUGUACUACCAAGGCUCUCGAGAUUUGUUGCAAUCCGCGGUCUCGGGACUUGUCGAACUGAUCGCGUUAUUUUUGCCUACGACGCUCUUCUUUAUCAACUCCUGGACCUGGGGCUACGAAGAUAUUCUGAAGGGCAUAGCCGCCGUAUUCGAGUGCCAGAUCCACGUGGACCGAUACAAACACUCAGUAUACAAGAACCUGUCGGACCCGUUCAUGCGGGACAUCAUUACUACAAAGGCAGAGUCAACGCGGUUCCAUGCUUGCGAACGGUUUGACCGCUGCAAGUACGUGCCCGACGUCCGCAUCGAACCAAAUGAAAAUGCCAGGAAAGUAGUGUGUAUCAACCCGGUAACGAUGUCCAGCAGCGCCUGGCACAGGUAUCUGGAAGAAACGCGACGAGAAUUGGAGCAAGGGCAUGAGAUGACCAGCCUGCUAGUACCGCUAUCUCGACAUUCAGCACUGCCUGAGCUCUUGCAAUUCGUCAACGUCUUCAAGCCUCGUCGGGUUGUGCCUAACACACUUAUGCCCGCCCUCGGGGGUCUCGACUGGCUGUGCAUAGAGAAGAUG